AUGAAGCUUUCACUUGCAGUCUCUUUCACAGCCCUCGUGGCUACCGCUGUGGCUGCCGACAUAGAACAGGACAUCCCGCAGUGUCUGGUCAACUGCAUUAAAAAAGUGAAUAUUUGCAGUGGAAUCGACAUUCCCUGUUUCUGUGACAACACGGUGUUCCGUUUGGCAGUGACACAGUGUAUGAGUGGUAUUGAUGGAAAGGGUGAAAAAUGCUCGGAGGAGGAUCAAAAGAGUAGGUUUCGCGUGAAAGCGUUUCAGCCCCUUGGCUUUGGGCUAAUUGUUUCGGUAGUUGUUUUAGAUUGGGACAGGUCUAUCUGCGAUUAG